UUUUAAGGUUGGUGAAGUACUGUUGUGUGGAGUUUAUCGAAUUUACACACAUAAAAUUCACUGAAUAUAUUCCGGUACUUUGACAUUAUUCAACGACGCAUUAUCAAUAUUCAGGUCGUUUGCAAGACUUCGAGUUACCUAUAAACCUGAUUGUAUACAUUUAAACUGCAUCCGUUCCAUGAUCAGGAAUAGCGUUUGUACGUAUGAUUAAGUACUUGUGUGUUUUGUUCGUCUCUUCCACAUCAGUUCUACCCAAAGCAGAUGAAUAUAUUGAAGCCAUGAUAUGAUGUCCGAGCUUGUUGCGGCUGUGCAAUAAUACUAUGUAUAUAGAUGUGCUUGCAGGCCGUGCGACCGUGCCAUCCAAUCGACACACAUGCGCCAUGUCAGUCAACAACAGUUUGCGCGCGCACGCGUAACAACACUGUUUUUUACCUUAUCCGCCGGUAACUACAUACCGACUCACAGUCACAGUAUUGAUCGGGUCUCCGCCGCGAAACGGCGCCUCGAGGAUGCUAUGCGAUAACGUCCGCGCUUAAUCAGUGUGUGUACCAAGACAUUACCUAUACGGCCCGGAAGGCUUUUAAGGAAAAUGGACGAGUGAGAAGGUGUACAGAGCUCUCUGAAUACAAUUGACGCAAUGUCGAAGAUUCCCAUUGAUAAAAAUGGAAAACUGCGGACCUUAGAGCUUCGGGGCUUUUAUCCCGACCGUUCUAAAGUUAAAACAAUAGAAUCUGUAGAAACGACAAGAGCUACCAACAUUGUCGAACGAUUACGAACUACCGACUCGAAAACGAAAAACGAUGUUAAAGAACAACUCUUUUGUAAGAACUAUGUCUCACUGAUACCAAAAAUGAGCAUGAAUUUAGAAAAGGUAGUGGAACAGAACCCCAGAAUUUUAGACUUGCGAGAAAAAUUAAACGAAAUCACAAAGAAACAAGAUCUUGACGUUGAUAAGAAACGGAAAGCAAUACUAAAUGAUCUAACACAGUUCGUUGAUAAAAAAGAUGAUGAAGAAUCCGGGCCAUACAGCUUGCUCUUUGAUCUUCAACCAAACUCAUCAACAUCGUGUAAAGAAAACUCCGAUCUAUCGUGGGACGGACCUAAGUUCGAACCUAUCGAUUUUUCUUCACCAAACAACCAAAAAUUCAACAGGUCUGCAAAUAAAAGUGCCGAUAGACUUCCAAGUGUUUUAAAUUUUGAUGAGAAGCCUAUGAGAGAAUUUGAAUAUUCAUGUGAAAAUGAUUUUAAUUUUCCAGUUAAAAAAACUUUCAAUACCCAUUCAAGGUCUGACUUAUGUUUACAACUAAAGUCGCAUUUACCAAUGCGUCAUGUUGAGUCAAACUUAAGUCCCAGUGAUAAUUCACAAAGUAAAGCUAACGAAGAGAAUUCACUAGACGAUAGUUUGGGUAUAUUGACUCCUGACCAAAUGGACGACAUUUGUUAUUUGGAAAAUUCUUUUUCUCCAACUGUAGAGGGGCUACCAAUAUUCUGUGACACCAACCAGUUAAAGAGCUCUCCAGAUAACGGUGACUCGCCAUCGACAGAUAAGACUGAAAGUAAUUCUGCUGCAUCGACAAUACAAAAUGAAGGAUUUGAAGAUGAAGUAAAUAAUAAGAUAAACGUAUCUCGUGCUCCCAUUAUUACCUUGGAAACCAUAUUAAAUGAAGGAGAUCAUAAUUCACUUUCACCAUUCGAUAUUUCUCCAGUUGAAUCUGUUUGUGCUCAAGAGUUUUUAAGACAAGUUCCUAGAACUCUAAAUUUAUCCAUCAAAGAAAAUUUAUUAGAAAACGAAGAAACAAAUUUAGCUGAAGAAGAAUUUAUGCCUUCAAUUCACAGCAGCAUUUUGGAACCUGUCAGUUCUAUUGCUGAAAACAUAUUAGAAAUUCCAUUGGACUCUAAGCAGACAAAUGCUUUAACUUCUAAUCGAAUAGAACAAACACCCUCUCCUGAAGAUUUGCCUCUUGAUAGUUCAGAAAUAAAUGGUGAAAUUAGUACUUACUCUCAGUUUUCUGUUUCAACUGUUCACGAUUCACAAACCUAUUCAGAUAGUAAAAACGAAUAUAUGAAGUCAAUGGAAACAUCAAAAGUUUCCAAUAGUUUCAUCACAAGUAUAACAAGUAUCACCAGUUUGGAUGGGUAUCAAGGUGAUGGCGAAAUGUCAAGACCAGUGAGUAGAGGUGCUGACAAUUCAAUGUGCAAUAGAGAAGAUGCAAUAGAAAUGGACUGGCAAAAUGUACCCGUGGCUCGAAGGGCUGAUCCUAUGACCGAUUCUGACUUUUUCACCGAAAGUGACGCUGAUGGUCUCGAAGAUCACAUGCAGCGAGGAGAUCGGAGAGCACAAGUAAUCGAUGGAGCACUGUACGGGGGGAAGAAUGGUAACGGUUCUCAUCCUCCAUUAAUCGUUAACAGAAAUGAUGACUCCUGUAUGGAGUCAAGUGGUGUUUAUACUGAUUUUGAAAAUCAUCGUUCAUCUCCCGUAUUUCUAAACGUUAUCGAAGAUAUGUCACCAGAGGGGUCGACUUCAUCAGCGCGUUCGGAAUGCAGCCAGAAAAACUUCAGUAACGGAAAAGUCGAUCUUUAUUUUUCACCACUUCAAGAUACUCUUUUAACGGAACAAGGAUUAGAUUUAUCAAAUACCGUUGAUGAUGAAACACCUAAGAAUACAAGCAAAAGAAAUUCUAUCAACAAUGAGAAAGAAAUGAAAUCUAACGAAAAAGCUAAAGAAGAAAAGAGAAGUUUCACCUUAAAAAAAUAUAAAAUGCCGAAACGUGAUGUGCCCAGUAAACUGAAGACUAUGCUAACCAGUAGAAAGAACGACGCUGACAGCGUGCAAAGUAGCCCUAAAGCUACUAAAAAAACGGAUAGACGGGAGAGUUUUUCAAAGAAAAAUUCGUUGGAAAUCAAAACCGACUACAAGAUCAAAUCUUUUAAAGAUAUUAAAUCUAAAGUAGACUGUUCUUUCACAUUGCAACGUUCUCAGACUUCUUGUAGUGUAUCAAGAAUGUUAAGUUCAAAAUCAACGAAUGCUAACACCAAACCAAAAAGCAGCAGACAUAUGCGCAUGCGGAUGGAGUUGGGUUCGUCCAAUGGUAGCGGGAAGAGCAGCCUUCACAGUUCUCAAAGCGACAUCAGUGCUACGAGCACGCCCACAGGAAAACACACAACUAGCCGCUUUCCUCUGUUAAGGAACGGUAAGAAGCGGGAUAGCGUCCCGACGCCGACGACCCCGGCCCGCCCUCCAGCCACCCCGCCGCAACCAUCACCCGCACAGACCAAGAAGAAUGGUGUUGUGCAGAAACUAUCUUCGUCUCCGGUGGCAGUGCGUCCUCGAGUUUCAUUACCUGCUCCGGCUGCGCCGAGAAAAUCAACCCCACACCGCGUACCGGCGCAGAGACCAACAACCCUCGCUACUAGCAAAGAGCCACCGCGGGUGACGGCGGCGGUAGGGCCACGAAGCAAGCGAGCGCAAACACCGCAACCGGUCCGCGCUCAGCCACCGCCUUUGCCGGCAACAGUUCCUGUGUCUACAUUGCUACCGUCACAACACGAUCAAGCCGUCGCCCUCGCACAUGCCGCUAAAGGAUUUGAAGCUUUGGGCUGCUUAGUUCAAUACUUGGUGUUUCGGUUGGACGCACUGAACGGCGGAAACUGGCGUCUAGAAGCCGAGCGAUGGCGUGGUGUAGCUGCCGCAGAGCGCAGCAGCGCCGCUCGUGCCGACAGAGAUCGCCAGCAAAGAGCUCAGAAAGACCUCGAUACCAUUGCCGAAUGCUUGAGCAAGAUCUCAGAGCUGGAAGUGGAGGUGUCGUCAAAAGAGGAAGCGAACGCACGCCUCCAAGCUACACAUAUGGAGGAGGUUGCCGCGCUAGCUAACGACAUCAAAGGGCUUAAGGAUACAAUCGAAUCCCUGAAACAUGAAGUCGCAGAAAGCAGAGCGCGAUUGCAUGCGCACGGUGAAAUCGAGCGCACGCUACGGGCACAAUUAGAAGCCGCACGAGCUGAACUCGAACGCGAAGCUCAGUCUCACGACACGUCGUCGGAUCGAUCGCCGGACACGUCAGCCUACUCGUCGUGCGAGAAGUCUUACAACACAUGCGAUGCGGCCUGCGACCCGGUCUCGUGUGAGGCGGAAGACUGCGAAUUGCGAUUAAACGCACAAGAGGAACUAAGUACCGAUGCUAAUGAAUUAGCGGCCGAGGUUCGAUCGCUGCGAGCCGUCAUCGAGUUGAAGCAGGCCGAGAUGGCUUCACUGCGCGACACGCGGGCGGAACUCGCGUCGGAACGCGAGCGACGCACGGCGGCCGAGCGGGAGUUGCGCGCCGCGCGUCACGCCGCCGAGGAGCUGCGGGAGCGCGCCGCCGCGAGACAACGCGACGUCGAACGACUACGCGACGACAACAGGAGACUGCGCGACGCCGCCGCUCGUGACCGGGACCACGCGUCGAGGCUCGCCGCGCUCAAUGAAGAGCUCAGAUACAAGCUCAGACAGAAAUCUCAGGUGGUGUCAUUGUUAGCGGGCGGGGGUUACAUUGAGCGCUCCCCGGUUCGCGGGCGCACGUCGUCCGGCGACUCGGUGCGGUCCACCUCCCCGCCGCCCCCCUCGCCCCCCUCGCCUGCAGUGUCCCCCGCGCCUGACACUCUUCCGUUACCCGCCGUCAAGGGUGUCGUGGAGAAGCACGACUCAGUAAGCUGGGUGCUUGAGAUUGAAGAAACUCCUGAAGAGGUCGCCUCUAGAUUAGCUCGGAAGUCAUCAUUCCGCGCUUCGUCGUCCCCGGGCGGGGUGAAGCGUCGCGGAGGGGGGUCGCCCAGUGGCUCGCCGGCGCCCGCCUCCCCGGCGCCCAACGCAUCCAAGCUGUUCAGACCAGGAGAUCUCGACUUCCCACCGCCCCCGCCCCCGCUAAAGGAGUCCGCCGGAGAGGCUAUCUACAUUUACGACGAUCGUCAGUAUUGAAACGCCGACACUGAUCUCUACUUGUGCAAGUUCAUGAAAAAAAGGAAAAUCUAAUUUGAAGCGUUGCCUUGAAUGUCUCCAGAACUAACAUUCACUUAAGGCGCUUCGUAUCAAUGCUUCUGUUCAACGUUCUGUGAUUCAGGCAACUAGAGGUCGGUGACCGCGUGCUUCCAUUGCGCGUGUAGUAUGCUACCAAGUUUUGCGGGGGCCGGAUUCCCGCUAAAAGACUAGGCCAGGUCCUGAGGGUUGUAUUCUUGCCGGAUAGUACGUAUUCGUUUUUCACAGUUCGGUAACAUAGUUAUAAUAAAAACUUGGGACCCAACUGGAUUGUUAACUAUAAGAGUUUUGCACGUAAACCAAACGAUGAAAGUAAUGAUGAUUUAUGAAAGGACGAAUGAAGGAUGUCGAUUCUCGAAAUUGAAAUAAUGAUGUAAAAUGACUUGACAAAUAAUGAGCUCACAUAGUAUUUAUGAUAAACAUGGGCUUCUCUAGCUUCUUUCGGAACGCUAUCAAUUUAAUUUAGCUUGAAGUGAAUUUGUAUGUGCAUACAUACAAUACAUACAAAGAUUUUUUUAGAUAUAUAUAGUUUGAAUAUAGUAGUUGAUAUAAACAUAUAUAAUUCAACAAAUUCUCCUGUUUGAAUUUUAUUUAUUAACAUGCAUCUUUGCGUGGUUACUUGAAACAUUGAAAUAAUUCCAGGCUUAAUUAUUUCUAAGUGAUCGCUUUUCCCGUAAUCGGGCCUCGAUUUUGAUAUUUGUUUCUGAUUAUACUGAAGAAACGCGUUUAUGUACCUGUGUAUUGCGCCAAUGAAUAAAUAGCUUAAAUGUAACCUUGUCCUAUAUUCUAAAUCUCCUUUAAAUACCACCUCAGUUUCUACUAUGUUUAUUUCUAAUUACUCUUAAGUUAACUGUUUCCUUCGACUUUGUUUUACCUCUUACUUAUAUUCUAAUUUUAUUAAUUGGUGCAAUAUUAAUUGUUUAUUAUUAUUAUAUAAUUAUGUAUUAAUAAAAAAACUUGUGAAAAUAUAAUCUGUGUCCCAUUUAGGAUUACUAGCAAGUCGUUAUCUAUGUUUUACCUAGUACUAGAAUCAUUGUAAGUAUUUAUAUUUGUUUUUAUAUUCAGUUCUCGUAUAUUAACUUAAUUAUAGUUUAUCGCGGUUGUUGGCACUGAAUUAUUUUGUACAAAAUAACGAUUUUAAUUAUGAAAAAUUAACAAAUACGUUUAUAAGAAUAAUAGGGUUUAAUGUAUUUUCUGGCCCGUAUUGUAGCGUCUCAUGUUUGACACUGUUUGCUUAGGGCCAAUUAAAAGCUUGUACAAUAUUCUUUCUUCAAAUUAAAUACACGCUUUUAUUUUAUAAUUUACAAUAUUUUAAGUCUCGUUAUAUGGAAUAAGUCGAGAAACCAAAGAGUCGUGUAACUCUUUGUCGCAUUAAAAAUCAUUCACAAUAUAUUCUGCAAGAUGAAUAAUCGAGAACAGCUGUGUAAUUAUGAUUUUUAUUUAUUUUUAAGUUAAAGAUAUUAUACCAUUCCAAAUUAAGUGUUGUAAGCGAAAUAAUAUUACGUGAUUACGAAGGAUAUUAAUAUAAAAUAAAAUAGUAUGUUAAAGCA